CGGGCUCCGCACACGCGGGGCGUGGGCCGGGGAGCGGGGACCGCAGCGCAGCGAUGCAGCCGCCGCCACCGCGCAAGGUGAAGCUCACCCAGGAGGUGCGGGUCCACCUCCUCGAGCAGCUCUCGGGCCUGCAGGGCAAGCAGCAGCGGGACGCCGAGCUGCUGGAGGACAUCAGGUCCUACAGCAAGCAGAGGGCCGCCAUCGACAGAGAGUACGGGCAGGCACUGCAGAGGCUGGCGAGCCAGUUCAUGAAGCGAGACUGGCAGCGGGGCCGCAGCGAGAUCGGUGACUCGAGGAGCGCGGUCGCUGUCUGGAAGGGUGUCAUCGAGGGGACAGCGCAUGCCGGGCAGGUCCGUGUCACCGCCUCGGAGAGCUACCGCACCCUCGCCACAGAGGCCGCCCGGACCGCCCGCCUCUCCAAGGAGCGGAUGCUCAAGAAGGGCAUCGAGCGGCUGCAGAAGGCGCAGGCGGAGCUGCUGGAGACGGUGAAGGAGCUGGACAAGGCGAAGAAGCAGUUCACCCACCUCCAGCGGAGCAGCGAGGUGGCCAAGGACAAGGCGGCCGACGUAGAGGCUCGGCUCCAGAAAAGCGACCGGAGGAUAUUUCACACCAAGGCCAGCCUGCAAAAACUCAGCGCCAAGUUCCUGGCGCGGCUGGCUGAGCACUCGAAGCAGCUCGUGGGGGUGCAGAACGAGUACAGCUUCGCCCUGGUGUCUGCCACCGCCCACCUGGAGCAUUACCGGCGGGUGGAGCUGCCCGCUGCCAUGCAGGCGCUGGAUGGUGACCUCUACGAGCGGCUGCGGGAGCAUUUGUCGGCGGCCAGCCGGACGGAGGUGGAGACGUGCCGGGCCACGCGGGACUGGUUCCAGGGCGUCACGGAGGCGUCCGCGCGGGUGUGCCGGGAGCAGGACCUCCUCCUCUUCCUGCAGGACCACCCCGCCUUUGCCCUGGCCCCCGAACAGCGCUUCCAGCUCGCCGGGGUGGAGGAGGUGUGCCUGCUGCCACCGGGGGACGAUGGGGCCAGCCUGGAGAAGGAGGCACGGCGCUGGGCCACGCGGGUGGCUCGGGACCGCAAAAACAAGGCACACAGUGAGGAGGUGCUGCAGCGGCUGGAGGCCAGGCGGCAGCAGGUCCCGGAGGCAGAGGCAGCCGCUGUGGAGCGGCGGAUGGAAGAAGCAAGGGAAAACAUCCGAAAAGCGGAGGUCAGCCGGGUGAAGGCAGAGGCACGGCUGGCGCUGCUGCGGGCGGCAGGGCUGGAUGUGGAUGCUUGGCUGGCGGGGGCCGUAGUGGGGACAGGCGAAGAGGCGCCCGCAGGGCUGGAGCUGGCUGAGUUCGAUGACUAUGACAGUGACGAGCUGGAUGAGGACAAUGAGCCUGGCCCUGCUGCCCGCACCUACCCCUACACCUGCCGGGUGAUCUUCGGGUACCAGGGCUGCCAGGCGGAUGAGCUGUCCAUCACCCAGGGCGAGGAGCUGGAGGUCAUCGAGGACGGUGAUGCAGAGGAGUGGGUGAAGGCUCGAAACAAAGCGGGCCAGGUUGGCUACGUCCCUGAAAAGUACCUGCUGUCCCUGGGUGGCGAGCCGGGUGCUGGGGCUGGGCCCCCAGGACCUUCUGCCCUGCACCGCCAGCUCUCCAGCAUCAUGGCUGCAGAGCUGGUGCUGGAGCCCGGAGCCUGGCUGGUACGAGCCCUGUACGACUACGAGGGGCAGAGCCCCGAGGAGCUGAGCUUCCCUGAGGGGGCCAUCAUCCGGGUGCUGCCCCACGCCCCCGGCGAGGUGGAUGAUGGCUUCUGGACGGGCGACUUCGAUGGCCGCAUCGGCGUCUUCCCUUCCUUGGUGGUGGAGGAGCUCACCGGGGGCCAGGGGGCAGCUGGGCAGGAGCUGCCAUCGCCGUCCCCGCCACCCUUCUCCCCUCCCGGCCUUGUGCCUGGGACCAGCUUGUCCCUCAGCCCCUCUCCUGAAACACCCCUGGGAGGUUGCAGGCAGGAUGGCACAGGCAGCGGGCAGAGCUCUCCGGACCUGGCAGCCACCCGCCUCCGGCCGCUCCGCGCUCCCCCGCCGCCGCCUGGCAGAGCCCCUGAGCCCGAACCUGAGCUGCACUUCAGCUGACCCUGUGGGUCCCCCCUCCCCGCUCCCCAAAAAGCUUCGCCUGACCAAGCCACCACAGGCUGCUGUCCUGGCAGCAGCGGCUCAUACUGCCCCGUGCCCCGAGCUGGUCUCUCUGGGGGCCACAUCCUGCCCAGUGCUGCUUGGGGAGUGGUCCUGCAUCCCUCUACGGCAUUGAGCAUCCUGGCAGCCCCUUUAUCAGCGUGUUUGGUGCUACGGCCGGGCCCAUCUCACCCAGCUUGUGCCUCUGCCCCUUCUGCCUGGCAUCACUCAUGCACCCCCAGUGCAGCCCCAGUUCCCCAGAGGGGCUCAGCCCUGGGGUUCUGCCUGCCCCCGGGGCAUCUCCCCACAGACAAGAGUUGGGUGGGUGGGGGCUGUGCCCCAAUAAAGCCAGUUGCCUCUGCCGAGGGGUUCAGCA